GAAUCGCAUUGCGCAGCGAUUCCAUUAUUCCGGGCUGGUCUCGAAUUUUGGUCAACAAGCAUCAUUCCCAUCAUUAUUUAUACUCGGAUCCAGGCUGCGCCUCGACCAUUUUAUUCUCAUCGAAUCUGGCUAAAACUGUUGAUUGUUUUGCCAUUACUUGCUUACUACGAGUUUCGAUUGCUAUCUGUUAGACUUUUCGGUUCGCUUCGCCACGACUUCCGGCCGUUGAGCGCCAUCAACUCGACUGACCAACCACGGUCACGUCACUAUAGACAACACUUUCAGAGCCAGGCAAGAUGUAUCCACAACACUCUACAAUGGCGCCCCAGAAGCCCGAAACCUUCAUGUUGAGUACUGAGGCUCAGCAAGCUCUGCCUCAUGAUGCCCAAGUCGCCCUGCAGCAAGUUGACAACUUAAAGUACUUCCUCAUCUCAGCCCCUGUCGACUGGCAGCCCGAUCAGUACAUUCGCCGAUUCUUGUUGCCAACUGGCGAAUAUGUCUCUUGCAUUCUCUGGAACAACCUUUUUCACAUUUCUGGUACAGAUAUUGUGAGAUGCCUGUCGUUCCGGUUCCAGGCUUUUGGCCGUCCUGUCAAGAACUCCAAGAAGUUUGAGGAGGGCAUCUUCUCUGACUUGCGAAAUCUCAAGUCUGGAACUGAUGCUUCUCUGGAGGAGCCCAAGAGUGCCUUCCUGGACUUCCUCUACAAGAACAACUGCAUCCGAACACAAAAGAAGCAGAAGGUCUUUUACUGGUACAGUGUCCCACACGACCGUCUGUUUCUUGACGCGCUGGAACGCGAUCUUAAGCGUGAGAAGAUGGGUCAGGAAGCCACCACCGUUGCUGUCAGCGAACCGGCUCUGUCUUUUCAGUACGACUCGUCUCAGUCGCUCUAUGAGCAACUGACUAAGGCGCAACAAGCCAACUCCUCCUCAUUCAGCGCCCAGCAGUCUGCUUUCAGUCAGAGCCAGUCCACGUCCCCAGUCAUGCGUGCGAUGGACUCUAUGCCUCCUCCCCCGACAAUGAUGCCCCAGUCCAUGCCCCCUUUGGCGGAGGGGAUGGACGCAAUGGUACCUUAUGGCACGAUGGCGGUGGCUCACCCCAUGGCCCAAGCCGUCCCUGUCAAGAGGGAACCUGAUUUCACCCGUGUUCAGUACAACCAGCAUGGUGUCCCAAUCACUCAAGGACACCAGCGUCAUGCUUCCAUGCCUGCUUAUGGUCUCGAGUAUUCGCCAGCCCCUUCAUUCGUCUCCUCUCAGUACGAGGAUUACAGCAAUCGAGGAAUAUCCUUCGAACCCAUUACGCCCCCUCAACAGGCGUUGGGUAUCUCGGCUGAGCCUGCGUAUAUCGCCAAUGAGGAGACAGGCUUAUACUCGGCCAUUCCUGACCAUAUGGCUAGCAUGAACGGUCUGAACGGCAUGGUUCAACUGCCACCUUCCAACUUGGCUGGCCCUCAGUUCUCUCGCCCCUACGGUACAAACAACGUCUACUCUGUGAUCGAAGGUUCGCCGACAUAUAAGCAGAGAAGACGGCGUUCAUCCAUUCCUCCAUCUAUGUCGGCAAUUACGACCCCAGCUGCUACUGCCCAAGCAGCCUCACACACUCACACUCACCGACCUUCUGAGCUUCGCCGAUCCAUUUCUGCCUCAGUUGGCCCCGUAGCUGAAGGUGAUGAAUCGGCAGACAACUCACCCCCUGGUCUCUCCUACAGCACCUCCGCAGUGUCUGUGAACACCCAGCACCACCAGAAUAUGUCAAGGCAUGGCACCCCCCUAUCGACUGUGGAAGGAAGCCCUGCUGCCCACUCGAUGGGUAUGCACCAGCAAGAGUUCCCUCAUCUUGCUAGCGAGGAAUUUCCUGGUGAUGUCACUGAUCAGCGCCGCUCUGUUCCUGCUCCCAACGGCGCUGUUAGACGCGCUCGCUCCGCGACAGUCAUGGAAGUUGGCCCCUAUCCUCAGAAGUCACACUCUUGCCCCAUUCCUACAUGUGGCCGUCUUUUCAAGCGUUUGGAACAUCUCAAGCGACAUGUGCGAACACAUACACAAGAGAGACCUUACAUCUGUCCCCACUGCAGUAAAGCAUUCUCAAGAUCCGAUAACCUGGCACAACACAAGCGUACUCAUGGCCGUGAAGAUGGUGGAGAUGGUUCCUUGAACCUGUCAGGCGAAGAAGAUGAGGAUUUCUCUGGUGACGACCACCUUGGCUCACUCGAAGAAGCCUCACCACACUCUGACAGCGCCUAUGUGACCGGCUCCCUGAACGCUGCUGCGCAUGGCUCAACUCCACCCUCAAGUCUCGCACCCACACAACCAUAUAAUAGUCUCGAGACUCUCAGUAUGCCCAUGACAAUGAGUCAACCGGCUGCUAUCAACGCAAGCGGUAUGAUGUAACGGCAAACCUGCGCACGACUUUGUCAUUUUAGCUGUGCUCAGAUCAUGACUUAAAGGGAUUUAUGGCUUCAAAUUUGGUGGAAAUCUGCAACGGUUAUUUGCGUGCGCUGUGCUUGACUUUUCCUUUGUUCAUAUUUUAAAUUUUCUUUUUUGGUUGGAAGCGCUUACCUGUGCUUAAAAUAUGGCCCCCAUAGAUUCACGCUCUUAUAGCUUCUGAGAAGAUUCUCAUGUAGUC